ACAUAAACAAGGACAUCAAUGCUAAAUGAAUCCUGAAUUAAAUCCACUAGAUGGAGCCCGGGGUGAUUCCAUUGGAUUGUAUUAGGGCAGGAAGGUAGGAAGAGGAAUCAGAUCAUCUGGAUUGUGCAAUUUGCAAGAGGUGAAAACUGUUCCCCCUGCGAGGAGACCCCCCAGCUCUGCCUGAUACCCCCUCUAUAUGCAAAGAUUCAUCUGGGGGGGACCAGGAAAACAACAACAUCCUUGGAGCCCCCAAGGCGAGUGCUGCCUGGAGCCCUGAAUGGCAGCCUGUGGACCAGCAGCAGGGUAUUAAAUGCACAAUGACUUCAUAGAGGAUUUCUUCUCUGUAAUAAUCCCCUUGCCGCGGACUGAAGACUCUUGGGGAUCGGAAGAAUCUGAUAUCAAUUAUUUCUGCCUUCAGACCGUCACACUUGUCCUUUUGGAAUCUCUAUGACCAUAAUGACUAACCAAGAAAAGUGGGUCAAUCUCAGCCCUGCAGAAUUUUCUCAACUUCAAAAGUAUGCAGAAUAUUCAACCAAGAAACUUAAGGAUGUCUUGGAAGAGUUUCAUGGUAAUGGAGUCUUGGCGAAAUAUAACCCGGAUGCGAAACAGGAUAUACUGAAUCAGGCAAUUGACUUUGAAGGUUUCCAGCUCUUUAUGAAGACAUUUCUGGAGGUCGACCUGCCGGACGAAUUCUGCAAACAUCUGUUUAUGUCAUUUAGCAACAGGUUCCAGAACCCAAGUCCUUCCAUGCAGAGUAAGACGGCGCUCCUCACCGGGGGGCUCCGCAUGAAUUAUAGAAGUAAUAGUUCAUCACGAUCUUCAUCCCCGGUGUCCCUGCGACCUCCUGACGUCAUCCAGCUGAAAGACAUCGUGUGUUACUUAUCGCUGCUCGAGAGAGGACGACCCGAGGAUAAGCUGGAGUUCAUGUUUCGUCUGUAUGACACGGAUGGGAACGGCUACCUGGACAGCGCGGAGCUGGAGAGUAUAAUCACACAGAUGAUGCACGUGGCUGAGUAUCUGGAGUGGGACGUCACCGAGCUCAGUCCUAUUCUCCACGAAAUGAUGGAAGAAAUCGACUAUGACCACGAUGGGACGGUGUCACUGGAUGAGUGGAUUCAGGGAGGAAUGACUACCAUCCCCCUCCUUGUUCUGCUUGGGCUGGAAAAUAAUGUGAAGGAUGACGGGCAGCAUGUGUGGAGACUGAAGCACUUCAAUAAACCUGCCUACUGCAACCUGUGUCUGAACAUGCUGAUCGGUCUGGGGAAGCAAGGGUUAAGCUGCUCAUUCUGCAAAUAUACCGCCCAUGAACGAUGUGUCUCCAGAGCUCCCCCGUCUUGCAUUAAAACCUACGUCAAGUCAAAGAAGGACACAAACGUUAUGCAUCAUUUUUGGGUGGAGGGAAAUUGUCCCACCAAAUGUGAAAAGUGCCACAAAGCCAUAAAGUGCUAUCAAGGCCUGACAGGAUUACACUGUGUGUGGUGUCAGAUCACACUUCACAAUAAAUGUGCAUCACACCUUAAGCCUGAAUGUGACUGCGGACCCCUGAAGGAUCACAUCUUACCACCCACCACCAUCUGCCCGGUCGUAUUGGAGAGACAGUCAACGGUGAAGAGAGAGAAGAACUGUUCUCAACAAGGAAACAAAUCAGGCGAAAGGGUCAAAAUGCAAAGAGCCAACUCUGUAACGGUGGACGGGCAAGGCCUUCAGAUUACCCCAAUUGCAGGAACACAUCCUUUACUCGUCUUUGUCAAUCCAAAAAGUGGUGGGAAGCAAGGCGAAAGGAUACAUAGGAAAUUUCAGUACCUUCUAAAUCCACGACAGGUUUACAGUCUUGCUGGGAUCGGACCUAUGCCGGGGUUGAAUUUCUUUCGGGAUGUUCCAGACUUUCGGGUUCUUGCCUGUGGAGGAGAUGGGACAGUGGGAUGGAUUUUAGACUGCAUCGACAAAGCUAACUUGACAAAGCAGCCUCCGGUGGCUAUCCUACCUCUGGGUACGGGCAAUGACCUGGCAAGAUGUUUGAGGUGGGGAGGAGGUUAUGAAGGAGAAAACCUGCUGAAGUUCCUCAAGGACAUGGAGAACGGCUCGGUAGUCCUGCUGGACCGAUGGAAAAUUGAAGUUAUCCCUAAUGACAAAGAUGAAAAGGGAGACCCAGUGCCUUACUCCAUCGUGAACAACUACUUCUCCAUCGGAGUGGAUGCAUCCAUUGCUCACCGAUUUCAUAUGAUGCGAGAAAAACAUCCCGAAAAGUUCAACAGUAGAAUGAAGAAUAAAUUUUGGUACUUUGAAUUUGGCACUUCUGAAACUUUUUCCGCCACCUGCAAAAAACUUCAUGAAGCAAUUGAAAUAGAAUGUGAUGGCAUUCAGAUGGACCUUGGAAAUAUCUCUCUUGAAGGAAUUGCUAUUCUCAACAUCCCGAGCAUGCACGGAGGCUCAAAUCUCUGGGGAGAGACCAAGAAAAGAAGAAUUAAUCGAAGAAUUGAAAAGAAGACUCCAGAAAAGAGGAACACGGUGACUGAUGUAAAAGAGCUCAAGUUUUCAGCACAAGACCUCAGUGAUCAACUGUUGGAGGUGGUCGGCUUGGAAGGAGCAAUGGAGAUGGGACAGAUUUACACAGGACUGAAAAGUGCGGGAAGGCGUCUUGCACAAUGUUCCUCUGUGGUUUUAAGGACCAGCAAGUCUCUCCCUAUGCAAAUUGAUGGGGAACCCUGGAUGCAGACACCCUGCACGAUCAAGAUUACACACAAGAACCAAGCCCCUAUGCUGAUGGGACCUCCUCCGAGGAACAGCCUCUUCACAUCCUUCAUCAAAGGAACAAUGAGCAGGAACAAAGAGUGAAUAAUGUUACAUGUAUAUACAUUCAAUGGACAUAUCGGCCUCUUACCAUGUGUUGCUGGGCUUAAUAGCUGUAUUUGGAAUAAUGGGCUUGUUUUUACUAUUUUUUAACUAUUAUUUUAAGGUUAACUUAUAAUUCUAAUUUAUUGUAAUGUUUUUUUUAUUUUUUUUCCCUACGUCUGGCAUGUGCUGUCAGUAUUUAUUUCUAUUGAGCAGCAUUACGGCCUGUAAUGUUUGCAUGCAUUUGAUUUACAAUUCUGCACCUGAAUGCUAAGACCAGGCCUGUCGUUUCCACAUCGCACGUUUUAACAGGACGAAGCAAAGGAAAAGAAAUAUUUCACUUUUGUGGGGAACUAACAUGUAGCUGUAUACACAUUUAUACACAUUUCUACUAAGGAUUGGAUAAUAAAAAACAUAAUAUUAUGGUAUGUCAAUUGCUAAGGGACACCCCAGUCUCUAAAAACAUCUCCUAUAAGGGAACAUACACAUAGGAAGUCAAAUGGACUGCCCCUAAAUUAAAUUGGGCUCCAAAUUACAGGUUGAUAUAACGCAGACCCACAACAUUUCGAUAAGUACAUGGAAACCCUGUGCACCCAAGAGCUUACACUCCUUACCCAGCCUUACAUCAUGUUUCUUCAGUAAAUACAUCAUAUUACUUAUCCUGUACUGAUCCUGAGUUAUAUCCUGUAUUAUACUCCAGAGCUGUACUCACUAUUCUGCUGGUGAGGUCACUGUGUACAUACAUUACAUUACUUAUCCUGUACUGAUCCUGAGUUAUAUCCUGUAUUAUACUCCA